UCAAGAAUGCCAAAGGGAAAGAUCAAGAUAGGCUAUCCUAACGAAUCUUUCGUUGGAAAAGGCGCAAUGUUUGCGGACAUAGCAAAAGAGUCUUUGCGUAUUCGGAUGCAUGUUAACAGAGUGAACGAACUGGAGCAGGAAAGAUUACAUAAACUCACAAAACUAAUGAACCGUGAUCAGCGAGUACACGAGUUCCUACGUCAGCGAGUUAUGGACCGUACAGAGCGGAAUAUCGAACAACUACGUGGGUACAGGGAGGUCAUCGGGGCGGAUUACAAAUUUGAUAAUUUCCAGACGAUGAAACAUGGCUUCAAAAAGAGGCGAGUAGAAUCUCCUAGAACAGCAAGACAAAUUUCAUUAGAAACUAAAAUAUAUAAUGGAGGCUAUCAACCUGGAUACUUCAAACACGAGAUCAAGAGGAAGAUUCGGCAGGCGGAUCCAAAUGUUGUUCACAGAGUAGUGACGAAAAUCCUGAAAGAACAGUGUCAGGAAGAAUCCGGAAAAGUUCUGGACAGGAAGUUGUCUGAUAUGUCGUAUUAUCGAACGCUGAGAGAACAACAACAAAAAGGUCAGUUUCACUUCAAGCCCCAAGUCCGACAUUUGAUUCCAGUCUCAAAAACUAACAACAAACCUCACAGCCAAAGCCGACAAGAGAACUUUCCCAUCAUACGAUAA